AUGCCUCAUUUGGAGGAAAGGAUUCGCAUCGCGAUUGCUGGCGGAGGCAUCGGAGGCCUCUGUCUUGCAGUCGGUCUGAUGGAAUACCCCAACCUGGACGUACACAUCUACGAAGGCGUACCGAAAUACACCGACAUUGGUGCCGGACUUGCGCUGCACAAGAACGCUAUCACUGCCAUGGACCUUAUCCACCCCGCAAUCAANAAGACGUAUUUCGCCAAAGCUCUUACCAUGGCUGGAGAAGAAGAUGAGGAGAUGGUUACACAAGUUGUCCUUGUCAGUGGACCUAACACUGGAGAAGUAGUCGCGGAGUUGGGCAAAGCAAAGGGUCGCAGGACGGUGGCUAGAUCGGAUUUGCUUGAUGGUUUACUGGCCUUGUUGCCGAAAGAUCGUGUUUCUUUCGGUAAGAAGCUCGACAGUAUCAAGGAAGACGAUGCCAGCGGCAAGGUUACACUNACAUUCAAGGACGGUACCACAGUAGAGGCCGACUGUCUGCUUGGUGCGGAUGGCGUACAUAGUGGGACUCGCAAACAUAUCCUUGGACCGGAUCACCCAGCCGUACCGCCGAAGAACCCUGACGGCUGGAGGGUACACUCGCGUCAAGUGCCCAUGGAUAUUGCGAUGAAGACAAUUGACUCGAAGUGGAGGCGGACAGUGCCGAUUCUCUGUGGUAAGGAAGGUCACGUCAACAUGAUGCCUCUUCACAUGGGAAAGAUAUUGAGCAUUAUUUGCGUGACACGUACCGGUAUUGCAAGCGAUGGCAGUCUUGCGCCCUUCGAGAAGGAGCGUUUCGCAGAUUAUCGCGAGGAUGCAAAAGCCGCUGUUGAGGCAAGUCAAAAGAUUCAAAUUCUACAACAGACAAGCCUUGUACUGACUAUAUAUGAAACANNGCUUGUGGCUGAGAAUCCUCACAUCACAUGGGAGCUUCAACAACACGAACCCGCCCCCUACUACAAUCGCCGUAACAUCGCCGUCAUGGGAGAUGCAGCACAUGCAUGCAUGCCUUUCGUCGGACAGGGUGCAGCUCAAGCCAUCGAAGAUGCUGCAGUUCUCACAGCGCUCUUCCGCCGUCUAGAAACACCCUCGCAGAUCGAGAAGGUUCUGGCAGCCUAUGAUCAAGUCCGCAGACCCCGUGCACAAGCAGUCGUUACCAUGGGCUGCGACUUUGGCCGCCUGUACGAUUUCGCGCUACCAGGUGUUGAGGACGAUCCAGUCAAGAUGAAGCAGUUCAUGGGAAAAGCUGCGGCCUUCACCAACAACGCCGAUUUGGGGAAGCAGAACCAAGACGCUCUGGAUGCGUUCGAGGCUCUGAUGUAA